GGCAGUUACCGGGGCAACGGGAACAGGGCGUUUCGGAGGUGGUUGCCAUGGGGACCUGGAUGCUGACGAAGGCUCGCGAGGCUGUGAGCAGCCACAGUGCCCUGCUCAGAAGCCCCGGGCUCGUCAGUCAAGCUGGUUCUUGGUUCGCGCUCGGCAGCGCAGGCAGGCGAGUGGUCCCCAGUUCCGGGUGCAGAGCAGCAGCGCCCCAGUCCUGGUCCUCCAGCCCCAAGCCUCGCCUGCCCGCCCAGCGCCAGGAUGGCCACCAUCACCUGCACCCGCUUCACGGAAGAGUACCAGCUCUUCGAGGAACUGGGAAAGGGAGCCUUCUCGGUGGUGCGCAGGUGUGUGAAGGUGCUGGCUGGCCAGGAGUAUGCUGCUAAGAUCAUCAACACCAAGAAGCUGUCGGCCAGAGACCAUCAGAAGCUGGAGCGUGAAGCCCGCAUCUGCCGCCUGUUGAAGCACCCCAACAUCGUCCGGCUCCACGACAGCAUCUCUGAGGAGGGACACCAUUACCUGAUCUUCGACCUGGUUACUGGUGGGGAGCUGUUUGAGGACAUCGUGGCCCGGGAGUAUUACAGUGAGGCUGAUGCCAGUCACUGUAUCCAGCAGAUCCUGGAGGCCGUGCUGCACUGCCACCAGAUGGGUGUGGUGCACCGGGACCUGAAGCCGGAGAAUCUGCUGUUGGCUUCCAAGCUCAAGGGCGCCGCGGUGAAGCUGGCGGACUUUGGCCUGGCCAUAGAGGUGGAAGGGGAGCAGCAGGCAUGGUUCGGGUUCGCAGGGACGCCUGGAUACCUCUCCCCGGAAGUGCUGCGGAAGGACCCGUAUGGGAAGCCUGUGGACCUGUGGGCCUGUGGGGUCAUUCUGUACAUCCUGCUGGUUGGGUAUCCGCCAUUCUGGGAUGAGGACCAGCACCGCCUGUACCAGCAAAUCAAAGCCGGCGCCUAUGAUUUCCCGUCACCAGAAUGGGACACUGUCACCCCGGAAGCCAAGGAUCUGAUCAAUAAGAUGCUGACCAUCAACCCAUCCAAACGCAUCACGGCCGCCGAGGCCCUCAAGCACCCUUGGAUCUCGCAUCGGUCCACUGUGGCCUCCUGCAUGCACAGACAGGAGACCGUGGACUGCCUGAAGAAGUUCAACGCCAGGAGAAAACUGAAGGGAGCCAUCCUUACCACCAUGCUGGCUACCAGGAACUUCUCUGGAGGGAAGAGCGGAGGAAACAAGAAGAAUGAUGGUGUGAAGAAAAGAAAGUCCAGUUCCAGCGUUCAGUUAAUGGAAUCUUCAGAGAGUACCAAUACCACCAUUGAGGAUGAAGACACCAAAGUGCGGAAACAGGAGAUUAUAAAAGUGACAGAGCAGCUGAUCGAAGCCAUAAGCAAUGGAGAUUUUGAGUCCUACACGAAGAUGUGUGACCCUGGGAUGACAGCCUUCGAACCUGAGGCCCUGGGGAACCUGGUCGAGGGCCUGGACUUCCAUCGAUUCUAUUUUGAAAACUUGUGGUCUCGGAACAGCAAGCCCGUGCACACCACCAUCCUGAACCCCCACAUCCAUCUGAUGGGUGACGAGUCGGCCUGCAUCGCCUACAUCCGCAUCACGCAGUACCUGGAUGCGGGUGGCAUCCCCCGCACGGCCCAGUCGGAGGAGACCCGUGUCUGGCACCGCCGGGAUGGCAAAUGGCAGAUCGUCCACUUCCACAGAUCUGGGGCGCCCUCCGUCCUGCCCCAUUGAAGGACCGGGCCGGGGGCCCUGUACCGCAGAGAUGUUCUCUUCGUUCACGGAAUGUGGCUGCUGGUUCUCCCACUUGGAUUUGGCUGGAAUUCCCCCAAUCGCGUCACCCCAUCCCACCACCAUCACCAUCACCACCACCGCCACACCUGCAUCAAGAAAACCUGUCUGUCCACAAAAGUUA